UGAACGAAUCGUUGGCAAAGUUCCAACUGAUGCCACACUCGCAGAUGACGGUACUGACGCUGAGUCGCGGCAAUCGCCGCAAACUAUGUCUGGCCAUCGCUAUGUUAGGCAAUCCACAGUUGGUUCUAUUGGAUGAGCCAACCAGUGGUCUCGACCCACAGAGUAGACGAUACAUCUGUCAGAAUAUACAGAAUGCCAUUCGCGACCGGCGGUCAAUACUCUUGACUUCGCACAGUAUGGAGGAGUGCGAUAUCCUGUGCUCCCGACUGGCCAUUAUGGUCAACGGCCGCUUCAAAUGCAUCGGAAGCCCACAGUAUUUGAAACAUAAAUUUGGUUCCGGGUAUUUAAUUACACUGCGAUUGCAUGAGUCAGAG